AGAAGAAUUUUCUUCUUCAUUCUUCACCAACGGUCGUAGUUUAUCGCAAGUAUCCUGUGUGGUAAUAAAUGGGCUUGGAUUCUUUAAACAAUAAAAGGUGUACUUUGUUGAAUAAUUUCACCUUAAUUUAUGAACGUAAUGAGAAGUCAACGAUUCGUAUUUAAUUGAAAAAGUAAUUUGCAAAAUCAAUAUUAUAAUGUUUAUUAGUAUAACGUUCGGUUUUACAAUUUUGUGUAUUGUUAAUGCAAUAAACAUUGACAACGAACUUCGAGUUACUAAAAUAGAUUGUUACGAACGUAUAGCCAUUGGUCAAAGACUAAAUUCAAGUAAUAUUUACAAGAUUUUCAAAUAUAAAACUGUGAAUGAAUGUAAAAAAGAAUGUUCUGAAGAAAACGCAGUUUGUAAGUCCUUCAGUUUUGGGAUAUCCGUUAAAGGUAACGGUUCAUGCGAACUUGGUUCAAUCAACAUAAAAGAAACAGGAGAUUUAAAACCAGUUGGUACUGUAUCUGAUGUAGAUUUUGAUUUAUAUAUUAAAAAAACAGGAUGUACAGUAGUUUCGGAUGAGUUUCCAUAUCGUAAACCUCCUUUGGAAGAUAAAUUUUUGGUACCCAAUAUACAUGAUGGAGUUCAAAAGGUACAGACAAUUGUGAGCGUCGCUAGUGGUCCUCAAUCUGUACUUAACCCCAUUCAUGGAAUCUUAGUAUCUCCAGAUAAUAAAAAAGUGAAUAUUUGGGAUACUACCAACGAUUGGUAUAAAGAAAUAAGCAAAAUUUAUCCAAAUUAUUAUGAUUCAUACAAUUUUGGAUCCGAUAAUAAUUUUGAUUUAUAUCAUUAUGCUCAAUCAACCAAUGUUCCUUAUAAAGAUAUUAGUAGAUACGACAAUGAAUUCCAUUAUACGAGAAACAACAACAAAGUACCAACAAAUUCUUAUAAUACAAAAUCGGAAUUUCGUCUAUAUCCUACUCCACAUAAAUACGGUUCAGUAAUUCCACAUCCUAACAAUUAUUAUGAAAGACCAACUCACCUCGAUUACCCUUAUCCAUCCCAUAAACCAAGUAAUAAACCUGAAAGUAAUGGGUAUCAGUAUGAUCACCCACAAAGACCAUAUCAACCACAUCAACAACAUCAACCACAUCAACCACAUCAACCAAACUAUCAAUCGAAGCCAGUUUUUUCAUCAUUUAUUUACGAAAUUGAUUCUAAUAAUCAACCUAUUUCUGAAUCGACUCCACCAAAGAAAAUAAACUCUGUAUCAAAUUCUACUGGAUCCAAAAGGCCUGAAAACACCUUUUCGAAACCAAUCGUUACACAUAGUAAAGGCUACAAUGGAAUGCAGAUAACAUCUAUUAUCACCGAAAUUAAAGAUGUUGAUUGUGAUCCAACUUCUUGGAUUCCCGACGUAGUCUCUCCUGGUAACUACAUAACUCUUUCAGCUGGAUUUUGGGGAACAUUCCAGAAAUUUUUAGCACUUUCUAGAGCAUCGAUUAUAAUAGUUAAACACAUUUUAGACCUUUCUGAUACCAGAAAUUUGGUAGAUCUUUUCAGAAAUUCUUAUAGAACAUUCAUAACCAUCCACCGCGACCAAACUCCCUUACUACGACCUAGAGACCAAGGGGUAUUUACUACCCCAACGGGAAGUUGA